ACCUGACACUUACUUCGUAUGCUGUUUAUGAUUUUUAAGGGUGAAGCCCGAAGACUUUGUCAUACACCAGAGUUCGCCUUCGCGCUCUCGGCCCAUUCUUUCCCCGCCAACCGCCGAUCCUGCGGAGAAAAUGCUGUCCUCUGAUGACUCUCCACCGUCCCCUUACGAGGGUCGCCAAUUGCACGGUUUCCAGAGAGUCAUGCUGACCACCUCCACUCUACAGGGUGCAUAGUGAAACCUUGUGCGAGCAGAUCUUGUAUGUGCUUGUUGUAUAGCCUGAAUACAGAGGUCAAACGCUCCGGAAAACACGACUCAAGAUGAAAUACAACAUGAUAUAGAUAGUAAGCACGCCGUAUGUCGAGCUGAAGAAGGUACGUUUUGGCUUCUUCUCAUCGGCAAUCAUGCUACUAAACUCAUUGCUCGUUGCUGUCCUCAGCUGCUCUGUUAUUGCAAACGCUCAGGCAGCGCUCUCCAACUCUACUUACUUCCGACCCAAUUCAACUGGCUUCCGUCUGCAGCAUGGAUUCGAAACCGUCGUUGUGCAGCCGUAUGGGUACGAUGGUUUCCGCGUCCGAGCCUGGCCUUUCCGUCCACCAAACGGCAACGAGAUCAGCUUCUUGAUGGACCCGCCUGUGGAAGGCCCGAGUAAUGCCACAGCGAGUGCUCUUACUUACGACACGACCAUUAACGGGACGCAGUUCUUCGUAAUUCGCAACGGCAAUACGCUGGUGAAGACGUACAGUACCCUCGGUGUCGGGGACAACACGACACAGGUCCGUCUGGCCUUCUAUCGCCUCAACGGAGACGGUUCGCAGACGCUGUUAACCAACGAGUAUGCUCCGCUCAAGGCCCUGAAUCCUCGCUACUACUCAUGGAAUGGACCAGGCUACGAGUUCUUCACCGCUUACUCUUUCUCAACAACAUCAGACGAACAAAUCUAUGGAACCGGCACGCAGCAGGAUCACAUGGUGAACAAGAAGGGCCAGACCAUUGACCUUAUCAACUUCAACACGCAUAUUCCGACGCCGUUGUUCAUGUCCAGCCGCGGGUACGGCUUCAUCUGGAACUCUGCCGCAGAAGGUGAGAUGGAAUUUGGUACGCUCCGAAACCGCUUCACGUCCAAAUCAACAACUUUAGUCGACUAUGCCAUCACUAGCGCCCCUGCAGGGGAUUAUGAUACGCUUCAAAGGCGCCUGUCUGCAAUGACCGGCCGCGCGCCACUGCCACCAGAUUGGUCGCUAGGCUAUUUGCACAGUAAGCUCCGGUACGAGAACCAGACCGAGUUCAUCCAGCUGGCCCAGAACUUCCACAACUACGGUAUUCCCGUAUCGCUUCUGGUUAUCGACUACCAAUCUUGGGCCCACCAAGGAGACUGGGCGCUCGAUCCGGGACUUUGGCCGAACGUGAGCUACAUGGCAGAAGUGGUGAAGAAUUUGACCGGAGCCGAAAUCAUGGCCAGCCUGUGGCCAAGCGUGGAAGACGCCAGCGAUAACUACAAUACUAUGCAAGUCGAUGGCUACCUGUCAGCUACACGUUCCGGACCCGGCACCACCGACUCGUGGAAUGGGUCCUAUAUUCGCAACUAUGACGCUACAAAUCCAGCGGCGCGCAGCUUCCUCUGGUCCAACCUAUACGAACACUACUACCUCAACGGCAUCAAGAACUUCUGGAUCGACCAAGCUGAUGGCGGUAACCUUGGUGAGGCAUAUGAGAACAACGGGCAAUCAAACUAUAUCACGAGCAUACCAUACCCGCUUGCGGACGUCUUAUAUCACGCCGGCACGCAGAUGUCAGUGGGUAAACUGUACCCUUGGGCGCACCAAGCAGCCAUCGAAGAAGGCCUCCGCAACGCCACAGGCACGCAGAUGGGCCAGCCGUGCGAUUCUCUCUCCCUCAGCCGAUCUGGCUACAUCGGUAGCCAGCGUUUCUGCAGCAUGAUCUGGUCUGGCGACACCACCGCCGUCUGGGAGACGCUUUCCGCUCAAGUAGCUAGUGGCCUCUCUGCUGCCUCCACCGGCUGGGGCUGGUGGACCCUCGACAUUGGCGGCUUCCAGGCCGAUCCCACAGUGCCCUGGAGCAACAACAUCGACGAAGACGCGUACCGCGAACUCUACGUUCGAUGGCAGCAAUGGGCCACCUUCCUCCCAUUCAUGCGUAACCAUGGCUCCCGGGCCUGCAACUUUCAGGAUGCGUAUACCUGCAAUAACGAACCCUGGACUUACGGAGCGAACAACACGCCGAUCGUUGUCUCGUACAUCAAUCUCCGGUACCAAUUAGCCAACUAUCUCAAGGCCAUCUUCACUCAGUUCUCAACCACAGGGCGCAUGAUCAUGCGACCGCUGUUCAUGGACUUCAGUACCACCGACCCUAAUGUCGUCGCAAUGACGCAGAAUAACAGCAAUGUGACGACGCAGCAGUAUAUGUUCGGGCCGAGAUUGUUGGUCACGCCUGUUACAUUGCCGAACGCGACGCAGUGGUCUGUUUACUUGCCGCAGACGGGUGCGGCGAGUGCAGGAGCGCAGCCUUGGACGUACUGGUGGACGAAUGUCACGUAUGCGGGUGGACAGUAUGUCACGGUUCCGGCGCCGUUGGAGCAUGUGCCAUUGUUUCAUUUGGGAACAAGGGCGGACGUGUUCAGUGGAAAUGUGUUCUGAACGGAUACCAAGCUCAUACUACGUGACGCCGUCCGCAUGAUGAGUGUAUAUUAGCUUCUACAUCAAUGUAAUGUCUUGCUCUGUCGCCGUGACCACUGAAGGGAGGUUUGUGCUAUAUCUUGGCAAUUCGGGUAACUUCGUACAAGUGACACCAUCACUGCAAUUUCGGAUGUAUGUCAGCUCAAGGCUUGUGCAUCAGCUUGACCUCGAAUUUCUUCUCGUGCAU